AUGGAUCUCGUCAACAGGUUGGUCCGCCCCGAUGCUACCUUCGCACCUCUCGAAGGCCGUCUUCUUUUUGCUGUGCCCAAGAAGGGCCGCCUCAAUGCUGCCACACUGAACCUCCUCGAGGGCGCCGACGUCCAAUUCCGUCGUGAGAACCGUCUCGAUAUCGCUCUUGUCAAGAAUCUCCCUAUUGCCCUGAUUUUCCUCCCCGCCGCCGACAUUCCCACCUUCGUUGGCGAGGGUCGUUGCGACCUCGGUAUCACCGGAUGGGACCAAGUCCAGGAGCAUGAUGCCUCAGUCCGUGCCUAUAAUCACUUGCGACGCAGCUCUGUUGAUCUGUCGUCAUCCGACGAUAAGGUUGCUGGCUCUGAUAUGGUUAUGGAAUUGGGCUUCGGCAGCUGCAAGCUUCAGGUCCAGGUCCCCGAGAAGGGCCAGUACAAGACCCCCGAGGAUCUCAUUGGAAAGACGAUUGGGACGAGCUUCGUCAACCUGGCUGCCGACUAUUUCCUGAAGCUUGAGCAGGGCGAGAAUGUACAGGGCGAGCUUUCGCCUCGCAAGAUGCGCACCAAGAUUGUUGAGUUGAGUGGAAGUGUCGAGGCAGCAUGUGCUCUUGGCGUUGCUGAGGGCAUUGUCGACCUUGUUGAAUCUGGAGAGACCAUGCGAGCUGCUGGGCUCAAGGCCAUUGACACUGUUGUCGACUCUACCGCCGUGCUCAUCAAGUCAAAGUCGCCAUCCAACCCCGAACUUAUCGACCUCAUCACCUCGCGUAUCCGUGGUGUUAUCACCGCCAAGAGCUACGUCCUGUGCCAAUAUAAUGUCGAGCGAAGCCGUCUGGCUGAGGCAACCAAGGUUACUCCUGGGAAGCGCUCAGCGACAGUUACUACCCUGGACGAGGAGGGCUGGGUUGCAGUCAGCUCCAUGGUCGAGAAGAAGAAGAUUGCUCUGGUUAUGGACGAGUUGACCCGAAUUGGUGCUCAGGACAUCCUUGUCCUCGACAUUCACAAUGCGCGCUGA